AUGGCAGAGCCUGUCCUCAAUGCCGCGAGCUCUGGCCUGAGCCCACAAAUGCUAGAAUAUAUAUUUCAUCAUGUAUUCUUACCCCCUCAGUUGCCGGACGGAGACGAUGCAUCUCCUGCAAACGAACUACGACUCAUCGAGCUGGUCAGAGAAUGCUUGAUCGAGUUUCUACCAGAGGCUGAUCCGAGCUACCAUGAAGCUAUCAAGAGUGCGGCGGCUCUGAUGAAAAACACACAUAUUGCAACGAGUUACGAUGGAUAUCUGCAGGAAGAUGGCGUGAGAGCCGUGCUGAAACAGAUAGGACCUCAUAAUUCCUCAAAGUCUUUUGCGUCAUUCUACAUUACAGCUCAGAAUGCGGGCGUCAUGCUUCGCUUGGCCAACGACUCUGUCAUAUUCGAGAUGUUCGAGCUCUGUCCAACUAGCGGAUCUGUUUACUCAAACGCAGGACGCCUAAUUCGUCAAUUCCCUGCUGUUGCGGUGGGCAUUCCUGUCCACAUAUUCGCACAGGGAGAUUUCCAAGAUGUCUUGGCCAAGACGCUCGUCAAGAUGAGCUACCAAGCAGUCAACGAAGCACUACCGAAAGCUAGGAAAGCCAACCAAUAUCACACUGAGGAGCGAGAUACAAUCGACCCAAAGAUAGUUACGGAGCUGUUGUAUGGCUUCCUGCGGGGCGUGGGCAACGAGGUCGACACGACUGGAAUCACGAAAAAUACGCGAGAAGAAGUGUUGUGGAAGCAAAGUAAGCUUCCGUGGAGGCGAUCUGCCGUAUGGCUUCUAAUUCGACUGUCUCUUCAGCUCACGCUGGAUCGUGCUACUGUCGGUUCUGGGGAGCUUUACAAAUCCUUCAUCAUUUUCUUCUUGUCUCGUAUACUCAGUGCUGCGAAUGACAAUAUGAUGGGUAGCGAAAUCCUUACGACAAUGUCAACCAAGAUUUCCCGGCGCCUUUUGAAGUUGCGGCAGCCCGUAGAUGGGAGAUGGUUGACGGAUGUGCACAAAGUGGUGUCCAUUGCGACAAAAUUUGUCGAUAUCCUAUGGCAACAAAUCUGCAAUGAGGCUAAAUCACAAUUUGACCUUACAAGACUACAGUCGCUUAACUUGGCUGGCGAUACACGCAUAUCCAUUCCAGGAUUGACAGACUUUAUCUCGUCUAUCUCGGAACGUCGAAAUGUAAGCCAAUCAUCAUCUUUCUGUCCGAAAUCAGGUAUUACGGCUUUUGUACCCGAAAACCUUCCUAGUAUCCCGAACCAGAUUGGUGAAAACGAUCUUCCAUAUCAUCUUGCCAUGGUAGAAUCCUGGGUGGCCACACACCUCGAUGAUUGGAUCAAUAAACACAUUGAAGACGAGUCGGCCUGUAUAGUUUUGUUCAAUUUGAUGCGAAAGUACCAUGUCGCGGGUAGGAACUGGUAUUCAAGCCGUCCGGAAGGAGCAUCAAGAAUGAUUCUUGUUAUUUUGGAGCUUUGGGUUGCCGCAGAUAGAGCCGCAACCCGCGAGUUUCCGCUACUUAAUAACUAUCAACAUGAGAUUCCUAUCGAAGUGUUUCAAUCUCUACUGAUUGGGUCCAGAAAAGGUAUGCAAAGGCUUCAUAUAGUCGAGACAUAUCUCACAAGGCGGCGAGAUCUUGCGCGACCAAAGAAGAGAGCGUCGGUUUUUACCUCUUACGGCCAGAGAAAAUCUUUCCCAGUUGAAUAUUUUUCCCAAUCGCUAGCCCAUCAAAAUCUUCUUCAAAGGAUUGAGGCGCGAGCUUCCCUUGACAAGCAAGCAAAAUUGGAAGAAUUCAGAUUGCGCCGCGCGCAAUACGACUCCCUUAUGCAGCGAUAUGGGCAAGAGGUUUGUCAGAACGUCAGCUGGGAAGAAGAUGGCGUAUGGCAUACUGAGCACGCUUCCGACUGCAAACGUUGCGCAUUGCGUAGCACCGCGACCAAGAUGUCGAUAAAUAUCUACGAGUGGCCUCUUUCGAGCUCUUCACCUGAAGCUCAGGCCACAGUCUUUGAACUGGCCCUCCCCAGCAGCUUUGGCGCGUGGCGGGAUGGAACCCUUUAUCUGAUUGAUGAUGUUCUUCAAAGUACGCGCUCUCAAGACGAAAAAUUACAUUCAGAAUAUCCAUUGAGAUCAUAUGCUGGCCUCAGUGGAUUCUUUCAGUCUGAUACCAAGUGGCGUAUCCACCUUUUGUCUGAGUCGAAGCCCCAUGUGGUUACUCACCGACGAAAUAUCAAGAUUGGCCAUAGCACUGAAUCCGAUGUUUGUGUGAACAACGGACUUCAGCUGCGGUACUUCGAUAAUAAUAGGGGAACCUUUGUUAAGGCAUUUACCGCUUCCAUUUGGUUGUCUACACUCUGUACCUUCAAGCUGGGCUCUGAUUUGAACCAACUGAAGCAUUUUCUCGUUCGAACCCACAACGAGCCAAAUGGCGAGGCUCCAAAUACAGUUAUUGCGAGUCAGGCCUUUUGUCCUGAGAAUAUGUCUCUUGGCGAGUACAAAGCUUUAGCUACGCUACCAUUUGGAUAUCGUAUACAGUGGAUGAGUAUUCUCACCCAACUCGCGAUGCCUGAUGUGGAUUUCAAUAAAACUGAGACUGCAAUAUUUCUCUUACAGCUCAGUCUUCAGGCAGGGCCAAACGAGCAGAAUGCAAUAGAGAGAUGUGCACAUGCGCGACUAACGGACGCAGAAUUUGGUCGCGCAAUGCUUGAUCAGCUUCAAGAAUGUGUUUCUCGUAUUAAAGAGAAUUGGGAAUCUCACACUGCCAUGUGGAUUUUUAUUUUUAUUGCAGCUCGCCUCCUAUCAAUGACUACUACACCUGCCUUGCGCCUGAGCAUUUUCAACCUCUUGAAGGAGUGUAGAGAGAUAUCUUACCACUGGUUGGCGAGGUUACACUCAAGGGCGUAUGCCUCGCGUAACGAAGAAGAGAGGGUACAGUUUUCACAGAUUGCGCUUCGAGUGUCUCUAGUAUGUGCAGACACAUUUAACGUGGGCGGUAAACUCUUAGCUCAUAUACUAUCUGAUCCUCGCCAGGCGGCCAUCUUAAUCGAAACUUCCAUCAAUAUUAACAACAAUACUUCAUUAAUGGAGAAAGAUCAAGAUGAGCUUAAGAGGAUCAUGUAUGAUAGAUGGAUUUUUACGAUGCAUCGUUCUCGGCCCAUGUUGUUGGAUGAGAUCCUUCACGGCGGAACUCCCUGUCUUGAUAUAGCCAUCAAGCGAUGCUGGCCUGACUUCAAUCGGAUGGGCGAAUGGGACUUGGUUGAUUCCACUUGCAGCUGGCUCGAGGCCGUAUCUGGUCAACUAAAGAUAUGUGUCAAUAUUUUAACCGGAGAAUUAUUGGUAAACGGGGACCCGCUAUCUCGCUUGCCUCGCAAAUACGAAGUUCAUCCAGACUAUCGAAAGUUAUUUGAGGCUUUUAUACUAGAUGUCAUGCCCAGUUCUUCACCUGGAAUGAAGUUUUGCAGUUCCAAAGAUGUCGAAGGUUAUGCUGCUCAUUUCAGUAUGGACGAUGAAUCAUCAUCCUCUCAAGAAGAUCUGAUGGUACGUCUGGAUGGCCAAAAUCCGGUAUUGGAUCUCAUCCCCUCUCGAUUAUUUACCUCGUGGCUACCAAACUCUUUCAUCGAUGAUUAUACCCAUUGGUACAAUCAAACCACAAAGUGUAUUGAAUUUCGACCGAUAGGCGACCCAUGGAAGUCAUUUGCACAAGGAUGGACUCUGAGACAACAUAAGAAGCGCUGGAAGCUCACGCGAGCUGGAAACAUAUCGCUUCUUUCACCCGGGAGCUCUUCUGCCAGUUAUAUAGCAUCCAUCUUGUCGCCACUCGACACUGAUUUGCAUUUGCAUAUGCUCUUUGAUGUGAAGAUGGGCAACCUCGAGAUUAGGGUGACACGGCUGCAGCUUGAAUUCACACUGAAUAAGGGAGAAUCAGCCAUCAUAUCUCGGCAAUUUCGAGGGAUGCAAAUUGAUCCUGACCAAUAUGUUGGCACGCUAAUUGGAUUUAAUAGUAAGCUUGUGAUGAAAGACAGUCACAGCUCAGAAAACAGGAUCAUGAUCAUCCCCGAAGGAAACAUCAAUUUUCAAGCAAAUGCAGAGGGCCACAUAUCCGUGGACGUGGCGUAUGGUACCGCUAAUCGCGUUCAGAGGUACUUGAUUGACAGUCAACUUCGUCACCUGGUCGGCAAUGCCACAGCUCAGAGCAAGCUAUAUAUAGCUUACAUACACGCACUCACGUCUUACUGCAUUUCAGAUCCUUUUUUGGGUAGGACCGGGACGGAAGAGAGCCUCUCAAUUCUGGAGUCUGCGUCAAUACGAUCAAUCGACUACUUAACCCCUGAUAACGUGCAGUUAUUACAAGUUAUCGCCAAUCUCUCUCCUCAUCGGGACUAUUAUCCAAAACAUCUCAAGCAUAUGCAAAAAGUGCAAUGGUCGCCUGUAUUGUCUUUUAUGGCUCAAGACUCGCGUUUUUAUAAGUCUGUGGGCAGUAUCCUCGAUAGAGUUUCGGACAUGGGCUUCUUAUAUCCGUCUGAUGAGACUUUUACGGUAGAACUCGCUCAUAACGAAAUGGAGCUCAUCAACCGAGAGAUUUUUCGAAACUCGCGCUACCAAGUGUCUGGAUUUGGCGCUGAAGACUUCAAAACGACUCGUGAUAUUGUAUACGCACCUAGGGACCGAGGCCAAUCGUCGGGUAAGACCGCCGAUGUAAUCGAAACUACAUUUCGCAUUUAUAAUAACAUCAAAACCGUUGCGCAACGGACCGAAAAGGGAACUUUAGACACUUUGUACGGACUCCUUUCUGGAGCCAGAGAAACUAUCGCUUCCAAGAGUAUACCUAGUAGGCAAGAGAUUCAGUAUGGCGCGGAGUGGCUCGGUGACCCAAAGAUGUUCCUGCCUACCUACUGGUGCCGAUUGCACUUUGCUUUCCAGACAAACCCAUCCUGGAUUAACAGAUUCCAGACCAUGAUCUGGCUCGCGACCUUGUCCUACUCCUCCCAAUGCCAGUUGAUGGUUCUUCAGGCUUUGAUGAUGAUGACUCAAUCGACUCGAUUAGCAGCCGUAUCUUUACCCGAGGGUUCAGAAUUCAAGUUAAAUGAAGGUUAUCAAGUUGAUAUACAUCAACUUAGAAAUCUUGUGGAAGGUGCGACUAGAGAAUUCGGCCCUACCUCUCCCGAAAUGAAACUACCCCCGCACGGCAUUGAAACUUCGAAGAAGACACGGAAGCGGCGAAAGAGCGAGUUCAAUAAAGCAAAGGGGAACAAGGUUACGUCUUUUGCCAACAAACUUGCUGCACAAUGGCCGAAUGACAAGCUUUUCAGGCCUCAUGAGCAUGGGUCUGAACCUUACAUAGAUGCCUCAAGUGCAUUGGCGCUCGCCGAGGGAAAAUGGCGGAUCUGGCUUGCCAACUCACGAUUCAGAGAGUAUCUCCAAAGGUUUAUACACGCUUUUAAUGUCAUACAAGUGGGGAAUGUAUCUGUUCCUCGGACAUCCUAUCCUACAUACCAAGCUUCCGCUACUCGGCCUCGCGGAUACAUAUCUACUGAUGAAGUGUUUCGCAACAUGCCACCAGUCAUCAGCAACGCGCCACUCCUCAAUGUCAAAGCUUUGCAACGAAUAGCGGACACUGAAGAGGAUGCGAAUACUAAGCUAGUUGGCCUCCUUGAUCACUUGGAUUCGCAAGUCCAAUUGGACUAUGAGCGUCGAUAUCUUUCUGAGCUACGAAAAAGUCUACUCGAUCUUCGAGGCCUUACUAAGAUGCAGUUUGAAAAGAACGAUAUCUCAAUGCGCAGUAAGAUCUUUGAGCUCUAUCUGCAACAAUGCAAGUCGUUCGCCCAGGAAUGUUAUGACGGGUUGGUAAAAGCCGUUCUACCGGAAUCGGCUUGCUCUCUAGGCCCAGCUGAUCGCAGUAUAAACAUACGGUCAACGAUCUCAGCAGCUGGGUUCUAUCCUAGGGUUUGCCCUAUCUUCUUCUUACAGCAGCUCACAAGGUAUCGCUGGCCGUCUCUCACAGAUGCAUGGAAGAAGGCUAUUACUACGUACGCAAUUGCAAUAACCAGCCUUCAACAAGCUCAGCGACUGGUAAAUCUACAGGAUAACGAAAUCGAUCUCCUCCAAGAACUUGAGAAUACCUGCAGUAGGAAAUGGGAUCCACUUCAACACCCAGAAUGGUUGCUUUUGGAAUGUGAGAGCGGAAUUAUCAUCCGGCAUGUACAACAUCAAAUUGCUGAACAGAUGAUUUCGCCCCGGGACAACGAAAACGCUGUGAUGCAGCUCAACAUGGGAGAAGGAAAGUCCUCCGUCAUUGUGCCAAUUGCGGCUACCGCACUUAGCGAUGGGUCACAAAUCGUACGUGUUAUCGUUGCUAAACCACAGGCGAAGCAAAUGCAUCAGAUGUUAAUGGCGAAGCUAUCUGGUCUGUUGGAUCGCGCAAUAUUCCAAUUGCCAUUCUCACGAGCAGUGCAUAUGGACGUAAACAAGGCGAAAUUUGUACACAAAUUGGCGCACCGAUGCAUGAACGAAGGCGGUAUUUUAUUGAUCCAACCAGAGCAUCUCCUCUCAUUUCAGUUGAUGGGGCUCGAAUGCGCAAUCAAUGGAUUUGGUGGAGUUGCUCGUCCUCUUUUGGAAACUCAGCGUCUUUUCAAUACAUCAUCUAGAGACAUAGUUGAUGAAAGCGAUGAGAACUUCAGCGUCAAGUUUGAGCUUAUCUAUACCAUGGGGAAACAGAAGCCCAUUGAACAUACUCCUGAACGCUGGGUGGUGAUUCAGAAUAUACUCGCCAGAUUUGCUCGAAUCUGUUUGCAGUUGAAAUCCUCUUUUCCAGAAUCCCUUGACGUCGAUGACCGAUAUCCUGAGAGAUUCCCUAGAAUCCGAAUUCUGCGCCCCGAUGCUGAAUCGACUAUUCUGACUCGCCUUGCCGAGUUCAUCUGCAACACAGGCAUGUCUGGGUUUCCAAUCGCACGACAACGGACACAGAUACGAAACGCGGUUAAACGCUACAUCAGCAAUACUGAACUGACAAAUAAGGAGAUUAAUGCUGUUGAGCAAAGCGCAUUUUGGGGUGAGACGACUGCCGACAAUAUUCUGCUACUUCGGGGUCUAUUGUCAGGGGGCAUACUCUCCUUUGUGUUUGGACAGAAGCGCUGGAGAGUAGACUACGGUACGCAUCCUAAUCGUGAGACGAAAACUAGAUUGGCCGUGCCGUUCAGGGCAAAGGAUAAUCCCACGCCUCGGUCAGAAUUUAGCCAUCCAGAUGUUGUCAUUGCACUCACUUGUCUGAGCUACUACUAUAAAGGCCUCCAAGAUGACGAGCUUUUCGAGGCAUUGGAGCUUCUCAUAAGAUCAGACAACCCUGAUCUCGAAUAUCGGGCUUGGGUAGAAACUGCUCCAGAAUUGCCUCUUUGCUUUAGACAUCUAACGGGUAUCAACAUUCGAGAUCGCACGCAGUGUGUUAGUGAUGUUUUCCCUCACCUCCGCUACGCCAAGGGAAGCAUUGACUAUUUCCUUUCGCGGAUGGUGUUUGCGAAGGAGUCGAGAGAAUUUCCGCAUAAGCUUUCUGCCUCAGGGUGGGAUCUUGGCAAGAGAAAAACAAAUCCCACAACUGGAUUCAGCGGCACCAAUGAUUCCAGAUACAUACUGCCGAUGGAUAUCAAGCAGUUGGAUCUACCAGAGCAGAGCCAUACUAAUGCGUUGGUGUUGAAACAUCUUCUUCGUUCUGAAAACGGUAUCAUGUUGAUGCCGAAAGAGACGAAAGAAGUUAAUUUGGAGAGUGAAUCACUUCUUGAGAUGGUAUCGCAGAUGAACUCAAAGACUAGAGUCGUUCUUGACGUGGGAGCACAGAUUAUUGAUCUUGACAAUUUUCAGUUUGCCAAGACAUGGCUCAAGCGCUAUCAAGAUGAUGACAGCGUCCAGGCUGUCGUCUUCUUCAAUGAAACAGAUGAGUUGAUGGUGCUUGAUAGAGUAGGCAAAGUUGAGCCUCUGCAGAUAUCGCCAUUUGCUACUCAAUUAGAUCAAUGCCUCGUCUUCCUUGAUGAGGCACACACGAGAGGUACAGAUCUACGGUUGCCUACAAACUAUCAAGCAGCAGUGACUCUCGGCGUGAAUUUGACAAAAGACAAGCUUGUACAAGCAUGCAUGCGGAUGAGGAAACUUGGAAGAGGACAGUCUGUCGUGUUUUGCAUUCCAAAAGAUAUUGAACAAAAGAUCCGAGUACAAAAAGAUAUCAACUCUUCUACUACGGAGGGAAUCUCAGUCUCUGAUGUUUUAUGCUGGGCAAUAUUUGAGACCUGGCACGACCUUCGACGAAUGGUUCCUUUAUGGCUGACGCAGGGCGUACGAUACUACGAACAAGAAGCUUUCUGGAGCGAGGAGGAACAACAUUUGCCUCUCAAGGGGACAUGGGCUAAGAAAUUCCUUGAACCUGAAGCUCAAAGUCUCGACUCUCGCUAUCGACCAAAGUCCGGUUAUGAAUCAGCUGAACUACUUAAACGAGCUCGGCCCGCCGUGAAAAUGCAGUUCCAACGCCGUUGCGAAGAAUUUGGAUUGAUAAACUUCCGCAGUUCGUCCCUUCAAGAGGAACAAGAGAGGGAACUUUCGCCCGAGACUGAGCAGGAACGCCAGGUCGAGCAGCCAGCCCAUGCCCUUGCCGAGAGACACACAUGCCAUCCGGAUCUCCGCUCUUUCAUCAAGCUUGGAGAAAUUCCGGUAGGAUCUGGCGCGUUUAGGCCUGCUUUCCAGGCUCUAAAAAGAACUUCGGCAGUUCAGUACUUUGAUUUACGCGAGUUUCCAAGUGGCAUAUGGGUGACUGAAGACUUUUCGAAAACAGUUAAGCUGGAGAUUAUGCCUGAUAGCGGCAUGGACCUCUUUCAACGGCCAGUACAAUGGAUAUUGACAAGUAAACUAGAAUGGUCGACUACCGUUAGUCGUCUUGUCAUAAUAAGUCCGUGGGAAGCGCAUGAGCUCAUGCCGGAUAUCGAAGCAUCCAAGUUUGUCACUUUGCAUUUAUAUGCGCCGAGGAGUAAUCUUGGAUUCCGGCCGCUGGAUCAGUUGACGCUGUAUACAGUGCCUCAAAGACGGAAGAAGUCAGUUAUUCCGCCUGGCAUGAUGGCUGAACUGAACAUCUUUGCAGGCCAGCUCUAUUUGUCGUCAUUCAAGGAAUAUGUCGAAGUGUGCACCAAGUUGGGCCUUGCCUGGAGCCCUGCUGAUGAGUCUGUUGUCCUCGGACCUGAUGGUUUCAUUCCGCCUGGAGCCAAUAGUGGACAUCUUGUGAACAAGUCUGAGUUUACGAAGAGUCCUGUGCAGUUUAUCAAGGUGCUGGUUACGAAGAUUCGACGGAACUGCGAGACUGUUGAGAAGACGCAUAUAGGGAAGAUGUUGGAUGGAAUUUUGUUGACGGAGGAAGAUUUUGAAGAUGAUGUGAAUUGA